AGCGCCGCUCCCCUCUGCGCCCGGUCGGCGAUCCUCCUGCCCGUCCUCCUCCUCCUCCUCCUCUUCCUCCUCCUCCUCCUCUUGCUCCUCCUUCUCCUCCCGGUGCCCUCAGCAGCGGCUCCAGCAGCCGGCCCCUCCUCUCCCUCCCUCCCCCUGCUCUUGCGCUCUCCCCGCUAACUUUCCCGAGCCCCGACCGGCGGCGCAGAGCUCGCGGCGGCUCGGCGGCCCACUGCAGACCGCGGGGCCGCGAGCGGCUGUGCCCUGAGCCCGUCCCCGCGCCCCUGGCGCGCUCCGGAGACCACAGAACGAUGCCCGGGGCCAGGGACCGAGGCGCGGCCCCGGCGAGAUGGCUGGGCACUGGGCUUUUGGGUCUCUUCCUGCUCCCCAUGUCCCUGUCGCUGGAGGUGUCCGUGGGAAAAGCCACCACCAUCUACGCCGUCAACGGCACGGAGAUCUUGCUGCCCUGCACGUUCUCCAGCUGCUUUGGCUUCCAGGACCUCUACUUCUGGUGGUCGUACAACAGCAGUGACACAUUCAGGAUUAUCAUAGAUGGGACAGUGAAGAAUGAGAAGUCUGACCCCAAGGUGAAGUCAAAAGACGAUGACCGCAUCACUCUGGAGGGCUCCACUAAGGAGAAGAUGAACAACAUUUCCAUUCUGCUGAGGAACCUAGAAUUCAGCGACACGGGCAAAUACACCUGUCAUGUGAGGAACCCCAAGGAGAAAAAUAUUCAUCACCAGGCCACCAUCACCCUCCAAGUCGUUGAUAAACUGGAAGAAGUGGACAACACAGUGACCCUCAUCAUCUUGAGCGUCGUGGGCGGGGUCAUCGGACUCCUCAUCUGCAUUUUGUUGCUCAAGAAAUUCAUCGCCUUCGUCAUCAAGAAGACUCAGGAGAAAAAGAAAGAGUGCCUCAUGAGUUCCUCAGGGAAUGAUAACACAGAGAAUGGGUUACCUGGCUCUAAGGCAGAAGAGAAAGCACCAACCAAAGUGUGAGCCCUUGCUGGGGGCCGAGCAGCCGCCGGGGGCCUCACUUUCUGAUGAUGGAACUGAUGCUUGAGCCGUGUCCGUGAACCCACGUGCCUGAGACACCUGCUGCUUGGCUCCAGCUGUAGUCUUUCUGGGGAGAAACCGGGGUCCUGGCCAGCCUGCCUGCCCCCUCCCAGCCGGGGCUCCCCAGGGAUGAGGGCCGGCCAGGGGAGGGGGCCUGUGGAAAGUUCAGGAAAGGAAAGGAGGGCUCGGCGGUGUGGAAGGUGGGUCCCCCGACACCUGGAUACAUGCGGUCUUCUUCAGUCUCCCCACCCUGUAUGAGCAACACCUUGGUUUUCCUCCAGAUUUCUCUUUAAGAGAGGCUUGGGGGGCGAUCAGUGAGGGCUGCCCCGGUAGCUGGACCCAAGUGAACAAUAACGUGGAGAUCUAGCCCUUUCUGCGGUGGCUGUGGCCUACAGGCCUCUGUUCAGGGUCGGGGGUGGGGGCCUGCCGGGCGGGGGGGGGGGGCGGGUGGGGGGUGGUGGCUACCGUGAGUGGCUUUGAUGGACACCUGACCCGCCAGGUCCCUCUGGGGAGGCGCUUCCUCCCCUCCGCAGGGUGUCCCACAGCCCCUGCCCCAUCUCCACCCCCCCAGGCCCCCCCCGUCCCCCACUGCUGCUUGGAGUCUGUGAACCUUCCCAACUGGGGCUGACCAUCUUGGUCUUGGAGAGGGGGGUCCCGGCCUUCCUGGAGCACUGGGGGGGCUACUGAAGCCUUUCCUAGCAUUUCUUCUCGGGGAACCAGCACUGCGGACGUGGGCGAGCCGGUGUCCAGGGCCCCUCGGCCACACUGGGAUGCCCACCCCGGCCCCACCAGUGCUGGCUGCCCCUUCUCCUCGGCAUGGCGGGACCAUGGCCGCCCCUGGGAACUCCCGAGCUUGGCUCCCCUCUGCUCCUCUUUCCCUGAUGCGGCAGGUGGCAUCAUCUUGCUUGAGGUGUUGCACUCUCAGACCCGCCCUUCCCGUGGGCUCACUCCCCCACCCGUGCCCGUGCCCGUCCAUCACACCUUCUCCCCUGGCCCCGGGUUGUUCACCUCCAAGCUGGGGUCAAGGCUUGCUUUCACCUCAGGGAUCCUCUCGCUUUGGAAGAGAGGGCCCUUGGGUUUCCUGGCUGCUUCCCGUUCAGCUGUGCCACCCUCCCCCCUCGCCCCCCGAGGGUGGGGGAGGAGCAGGGAGAGAGUUCUCGCAGUCUUCUCUGCUUUUCUAAGAACUGGUUCGCACAUCCCUGUGUGUGGGGCUGGACUGUGCCUUAGCUCCUCAUGUCCUGGCUCAUCCCCUCUGUCCCCUCUCCGGCCUGGACGUGAUGGUCAACUCUGGUGUAGCGCUGCUUCCUCCCAAGACCAUGCUGGGGACCAGGGAGCUGAGGGGGCCCACCAGUGGCCCCUUGGACAGUGAUGGGAUCAUGGAACUGUCAGGGUCCCUGACAGGGAAUUCAGUGGUGGUGUCCCCAUGCGGCGGGAGGAGGGGUGAAGAGAGCCGUGUGCGGUCAGGGGAGGCCUCCACAAUCUGUUCCCGCUCGCCCCCUCUCUGGCGCUCUGUCCUCUGGGCCUGGGAGGGGUAGGAAGGGAGUAGCCCCCUUCCCCAGGGGUUAGGGGGCUGCCACCGGAUUCUCCCUAUCCAAAAGCGGCCGCGGGCUUCCCCCAGGGUGGAGGUGGGGGGCGCUGAAUAACAGGUGCCUGGCUGUGACCCGUGGCCCUCACCCCACCUGACGGGUUUACAGGGUCCCACUCUGAUCUGCCUCUAGGGCUCCCAUCCUUGGUCCCCCAGAACUCUAGGCUCGGGCUCAGAUUUUUGCGGCUUUGUGAACACACAGACUGCCAGCCUUUUGGAAAACUUCUUGUGGCCACCUUCGUGAAAGCUGCUUGCUUCUCCUUCCCGGUUUCAACAUUUCAACGAGCUGAAUCCGAAUCGGUUGGGAUUCCUCUUACUCUCUUCAGAGGAGGCCAGGGUUUCCAGAGCAGGGGGGUGGUGGGGGGAGAGCAUCAUCCUGUCCGCUCCGGGGUCUACUGCUGACUGAUAGGUGGUCACGCAUCUGCUCUGGGCUCUGCUUUUCCCGUCUAUAAAGUGGGUGUAAUAAUACUUACCUACCUCCCAGGACUGUUGUGAGGCUUGACCGGUUUUUGUUUAAAAAAAUCUCUUUGGCUUGGAAAGGGAUCUAGGAGGCCAGGCCUCAUCAUUGGAGGAGUCGUUCCGAGUCUGUCCUGUCCUCACCUCUGUGUCCCUUCCCCACGAGACAGACACAGACCCACAUCGAUGCACACGCACGCAUGCACUUUCUCUUUCUCACCCACUCUCGCUCUCUUCCCACUCCUCCCCCUUGGAAUUAUUUUAGUCUCUGCAAUAUUAGAAACCUUGGCUCUGAUGCUUGAAGCUUCUUAUCCACGGCUUCUGUUUGGGAGUUUUCAAUAGAGGGGGUAGAAUGGGGACCCGAGGGGGACACUCUGGGUUGCCCCGGUGCCUGGGGGCACUACGGGCAUUGAGCGAAUGGGGACUAAGAAUGCUCAACUUUGUCCCCGCAACAGAGAAUGUUCUGCCCCAGCGCUGGGAGGGCACCCGGGAGGCACACUGGCAUGGGUUUGCCAUAGAAUGUAGACGGGCAAAGCCAUGUUCCCAGGCCGUCCGUCAGUGCGCGCGGAUCUCAGAGGGUGAUGCGCAGGGGCUGGUGAGGGUGUCUCCAGGGCUCUUGGGCUAGAGAGAGCCAUUCACAGAGUUAGGGUUGGGAGCCCUGGAGGCACGCAGCUGUGCCCAUAGUAAAGUCCGCGAGACCCAACACGAGAGUCUCUUCCAAUUCCCCAUCCUUGGCCUCAAACGAGGACCUCAGCAUUCUAGGCCUUGCGUCUCUCCCUGGGCCGGAAUUGAGCAAAAGGCCACCAGAAUGAACCUGUGAGGCUAGAGUGGUCUGGGAGAGGGGCCGACGGAGCGCAGGCUUUUCCCUCCUGGCUGGCUGACCAGAGCUGGGGUGUGAAGGGAGGGGUGUGAAAGCGUGCUCCUGAGACGGUGGCAGGUGAGGAUGUGCCCGUCGAGUCGGGGGGGGGGGGGCGAGGGGCUGUGCACGGAAGCGCGGUUGUGUAGGAGGCGUGUGUGAAGGCUGAGUGUGCCUGAGAUGGGGGGGGGAGACUCGGCACAUUUGGGGAGUCAUCUUUCCUGGCCUGGGCUAUAGCUGUCGGGCCACCUGGAGGCUGAGAGAGGAUAAGAGACAGAGGGGAAGAGCAGCCAUGCUUCUGGGCCCCAUUACCCCCUGACUCCCUCCCACGGUCGCAGGCAGCUGCCAUGAGUGUUGGGAGUGGGGGGAUGGGGUGGGUGGGGAGGACAAGGAGGGGAACUUCUCGAGAAAAUCCUACAGCUUGCUUCACCUUACUCUGUCCCGGGUUGGAGUCCCUCCCCUCCCACCUGAUAUUCAGAGCUUUUGACACUCUUCUGCAUGGUUUAUUCCUCUGGCUUGGAUGACAAUACCCAUAGUCAACUCUUUAAAUAUAACUAUAGAUCAAAACAGUGCCGCGAUGGGUCCGGGAGGCCUCUGGUCCGUGGGUGCCUCUGGGAGGCACGGAUAUGCACACCCCCAGCCAUGACUUGUGUUCAAGCACAGAAUGAUGGAUGCAAUCAACUCUCUUGCCUUUAUACCACGUUUGGCAUUGUAGAACUUUAUUUAGCUUUGCCUUGGAUGAAAUAAAAAUUAUGUUUAAUAGAAA